GUUUGGGAGCUAUUUCACAUGGUGUUCCAUUUUGUGAAAGAUGACGAGUACAUGCUUCACAUCACUGCAUCGCAUGAAGCCAUAUCGUCUUUUACACACGGACCGGGCACAGGCCCUGACCCUCUCGAUUUGCACUGGGAUAUGACGACUACACAUAACUCCAAGUGGAACAAAAAAGUAAUUGAUAUUCUCUGCUCCCAGUAUACUUCCAUGUAUCAAAAGGACCAGUUGCCCUCAAGAUCCUGUCAGUCCAUUAUAUGCGAUAUCAGAAAAAAAUUCAGUCAAUGCCGCAAUUUCUGGAGAAAAGCCCAGCCUCAUAUGCUCAGCAACGGCACUCGUGAGACUAUGCAAGAAGUAGGAGAUCGACUCGUGAAUCAGACCAACGAGCGAUUGCAGCUCACUAGGGUUCUCACUCGCAGGGUGAUGAAGUUCGAGACUCGCAAGAAGGUCACAUUGGCCCUGCUAAGCGACAGGAUAGCAACUGGAAAGGACGACCAGGCUGUAUGGGCAUAUUUGCAAUCUCUUGUGGAGACUCUC